AUGCUUAAACACACACGAAAAUUUUUACCUACUGUCAAACAGUUGGCUAGAAAAUAUUCUACUCCUAGUAAAGGAGAUUCGCUUGCUACGUCCCUUAAAGAACCUGAUAUUAUUCACUAUGGCACCUUCAUCGGAACAGGAGCUAAACCUACUACAAUCCCCUCAUCUCAUACAUCUCCACAUACUUCUCUGGAUAUACUCUUUCUCAUACAUCUCCACAUACUUCUCUGGAUAUACUCUUUCUACAUCAUGGCAACCUUGCCUUACCCACAUAUGGUAUCUGAAAAACUUGAUAAACUUGAUAAAAAGGUUGAGAAACUUGGUGAGAGGGUUGAGAAACUUGAUAAGAAGGUUGAGAAACUCGACGCAAGCAUCAGUUAUGUGAAAGUGACGGAGAGAACAAAGAAACUUUGGGAUAGUUACAGAAGUAGGAAGUUUAGGUUAAAACAAAAAUCCUCACCUACCGUCAACACAUUCCCUCCUCGAAAAAAACUAAAUGCAAUGUCAACACCAGUCACAGUACUAUACGAAAAAAACCAAGUUUCGUGUUCUGUUGAUGUAUCUCAACCCAUAAGCGAUAUUAUAAAGACAUUAUGUAUAGAACAAUUUAAUAUUUCGGAACCUCCUAAUUUACUCGCAUUAAGGCUUCAAGAUACUGAUGAGUUAAUCACUGAUGAGAAUAUCAGGCGAAAAAUAACAGAAAAUGAAAGAUUGAAACUUGUAUCUUCACCGCUUAUUGAAGCUGCCGAUAUAUGUGAAAAAUUGGGUUCUACUGAUGAUAAAACUUUAAAGCUUUCAACAUUUUCACUUCAAAAAUAUAUAAAGGAAGUAGAAUUCGCCGAUGAAUUUUUAAAAAAGGAUGGAUUAAAAUAUUUAAUUGAAAUAAUAAAUAAUUCCAGUGGUAAUACAUUAGCAUAUGCGCUAACAUCAAUGCAAAACCUUAUGGAACAUGAUCAUGGUUGGGAUGAUUUAGGUUCAGAUUUUAUAAAUAAGGUGAUAAAAAUAUUGGUAGAUCAAACACUUGUAAACAUAUGUCGGCCAGCAACUGCCAUAAUUAUAAAAUUAGUCACUGCAGAUAAAAGUUCCACUACUUCACCAAUACGGUCUUAUGGAUUUGAUGUAUUGCAUGAAGCGAUAUUACUUCAACCCAAUUUUCUGCCUACUUUAGUGCAACGCUUUGCUUCUGCUGACUAUGUGUUACGCUCAAAUAGUUUAUGUUUGAUUAAUGCACUUAUGAGACAUGUUACAGAUCAGUAUUGGGAAUCAUUUAUGGACAUGUUGGAUAAGCUGAAUGUUAGAAAAGCUGUUGUGCUUUUGAUGAAUGGAGUUCAUGGGGAAGAAUUAUCAAAACAUUUAUUAGAAUUUCAAUCGUUAUUUGUUCGACAAGCAUAUAGAUGGAAAAGGACACAAGUAUCAUUACAUAUUCCGUCACAUAAAAUUAUGCUAGAAGAAAUUUGGAAGUCUGCAAAUUUACCUGAAGAAGGUGGUAAAUGGAGAAAAGUCGGAUUUGCGACGGAAGCGCCAAAAUGGGAAAUUCAACGCGUUGGGUAUUUAGGACUUGAUAAUAUGCAUGGGUUUAUGAAGAAAAAUACAGAUGAAUAUCAAAAAACAAUAUUAGAACAAAUCAAUCGACCUACCGAACGUCGAUGCCCGUUUGCGAAGACAUCCAUCGAAGUUACGGAGUUGCUAUGUGAUUAUUGGGACGUUAGUACAGGAUAUACGACAUCAACGUCAUUUCAGCCUUUAUUGUUAUCGUUUGAUAAAAUUCACUAUAUAACCGUAAAAGCAUUUUUCCGGUUAUGGAACGAUAUGGAAGCGACAGUUGAUGAUUUUCCCAAGGUAUCUGCAUUGGUAAGAAGUCAACUAAAAUAUGCGCUACGCGACGAAGCGACAAAACAACUUUAUGAAUUCGAAAAGGACAUGUUGGAAGUUGAAUAUAAAGUUAUUAGAGAUAGGCAAUUAAAAGAAUUAGAACUCGGUGAUGAUCUAUUAAGUAAAACGCCUGUCAGAAAUCUACGAGAACAAUUAUAUACAGAAUCUUAUGAAUUCGUUAAGCAACAACGUAUUAAAUGUCUGCUACUUGGUGAUUGGUUCCCGUUAAUAACACCAGCAAGUCUUUCAACAAACCAACAAAACUUAGGUAGAAGAUCUAUUUACAAUAAAAAAUGGAGAUUUUAUAGGCUUAGUCCAAAUUUAAAAUCUCUUCAUUAUAGUGAUUUUUCAGAGAAAACUUUUAUAAGAGAUGGUGUUGAAGAGUUACCCGAAAGAAUAACAGAUGUGAUGACGGGCUUAACGCCACAAAUAUCAGGUUCACCGACGAGAAAAUCUGUUGGCCUAUCACAGGAUCUAACAUUCUCUUUAAUGUCUGGACCUGAUACUAUACUAGCGGAUUUUAUGGCAUCAGAUUAUACACAAUUUUCAGAAUGGACUGAUGGAUUGAACAUGUUAUUUGAUAAAAAUAUUGGAAGCAAAGAUACAGCAGAAUUCAUACAGAUUCUGACAGAAAUUGGAGUAAAGGUUAAAUUGUUGGAUUUGAGUGGUGAGAAAGUUGAAAUACCACAAGGUGUUGAAGUACCUAGGGAAUUACCUGUUGUUGAUAAUGGAUUUUAUUAUGGUGACCCUUUUUCAUAA